ACAUGUAUGAUGUCGGCGGUGUGGACUGGAAAGUAAGAAAAUCCUGAUUAUUAUCAGGUUGAAUGAUGAAUAUUAUGGCUACUGUGAUCCCAAAAGUGGAGCAACUUUCUUCCCGAAUCGUGCGGGUGUUGGGCUGUAACCCAGGGCCCAUGACACUUCAAGGCACGAAUACAUACAUUGUAGGAACCGGGAAAAGACGUUUCUUGAUUGAUACUGGCGAGGAAGACAAACCAGAAUAUCUGAGCAAUCUGAAGACCACGCUGUCCAAUCACAAGACGAGCAUUCAAGAGAUUCUCGUCACUCACUGGCACCAUGACCACGUGGGGGGUAUUCCAGGGGUCUGCAAGGAACUUCAGCUUGCGUCCUCCAUUGAUGUGUCCAAGUUGCCUCGCAGCCCGCAUCAAGAUGAGCCCAUCGAGGGGGUAGAUCAGGAGUACAAAUACUUGGAAGAUGGACAGGUUCUACGGACUGACGGUGCCACAUUAAGGGUAAUCUACACACCAGGCCACACUGAUGACCACAUGGUGCUGUAUCUUGAGGAAGAAAAUGCUGUCUUUACGGGAGAUUGCAUUUUGGGAGAAGGAACAGCCGUGUUUGAAGACCUGUUCACCUACAUGAAGUCACUGGAGCUCAUAGUGGCCUUGAAACCAGACGUUCUUUAUCCCGGCCAUGGGCCAGUCGUCACCAGCGCUGUUGAGAAAGUGCAGGCGUACAUCGAUCACCGCAACUUGAGGGAGAAACAAAUACUGGAGGUGUUGGAGGCUAACAAAGGAAAGAAGGCCUUGACUUGCAUGGAUAUGGUGAAAAUCAUCUACACGGAGACUCCCGAGAUUUUACACAUGGCUGCAGCCUCAAAUGUGGACCACCAUCUAACCAAAUUGGAAAAGGAAGGCAAAGUUGGGAGACAAGGCAGUAAUGGUGAACACCGGUGGAGCAGCAAGCUAUAAGUUUUUGAGACUCGCUUAUUAUAUUUUUUUCUAAUUUUAAAUCAUAUAAAUUAUGGUGCCAUAUCCUCAAAUGCAGGUGACUUUCAGUCAGCGAAAUCCUUAAUUGCUGUGAGGUAUUGUAUAUAUUUGUAGUACAUGAUUUUUAAAAUGUAUUUCAUAUCUCAAUGUAAACAUCUUAAGGGGAGGGUAAGGGGAAGUAUCUCAAUAAAAGUUUACGGCAUAUUGUAUUUGUAAUGAUUAUUUAUUUACCACUUUACUAACUUUACUAAUGUAAGCAUGUACCCCAAGCAAGAUAUAAUGCUAAAUGGAAGUCUAGUUUUCCCGGAGGUUUAAUGUUCAUCGUCUAGCUGGAGUCACCAUAUGACAACCCAAUGAUAAAAUGUAAGGCUGAGGUAACUCCGGCUAUUCAUUGUCAUGUUUUUUUGCUGUAACUAUUGUUAGGAAAAACAAUAACAGAACAUAAAUGUUAAAAUAUACCUGUAGCAAGCUGAAAACUGGGCCCAAUUUAAUAGCGCUGGCGAUUUGGUGCUCACAGAGCCUUUGUUUAUUUUAAGGAGACCGUAAGCAGUAAGCACAGCAAAAGCAUGCUUAACCACAGAGGAAAAAAAGUUACUUAAAUUAGUUGCGUAACACAACUUUUCUGCUAACCCAUAAGCAGUGCUAUGAAAUUGGGACCACGUUUUAACAUGACCGGAGAGUUUGAAGUUGUGUGUUUAUCGAGAUAUGAACAAGUAGUGCAUUAAAUUUGAUUCAACUUUAUUAUUAUAGCCAGAUUUAAAAUAUAGACUGUUUCGAGUAGUAUAGUCUCCGAGGUCAUAUACCUCAUGUGUAGCAGCCAUCUUGGAGGGUAUAAUGCCUAUUUUUUGUAGGGAUGUUCAUGAAUGAACCUUUCACUUUUGUUACAAAAUUAAAAUAACGGCACCAACAAAUAAUUCCAUAAUUCAACGACAUUCAAUAAAAGAAAUUCAAAUUUAA